AUAAAACUGAAAAACUGAAUAAAGAUCGUCAGUAGGCAAACUGUGCAAGGAUAAAAUGUUUCAAAUUAUAAUUUUAGUGGCAUCUUCUUUAGCGCUGGCCGCGGCCGUUCAGUUUACGGACUGUGCCACUGACCCGAGUGAUACAGUCGCGACAAUACAUCAACUGGACUUUUCUCCGUCCACAAUUACAUUUCCGGGAAAUUUGAACGUGACAUUGAAUAUAACAACCAACAAACAGAUCAAUCAACUGUUCGUAGACGUUGAACUAGACAAAAUAACACUCGGACUUUGGACAAAAGUACCAUGCAUUUUAAACAUAGGCACCUGUCAAAAUAUUGAGUUCUGUUCGAUGCUAGACAGAAUUUUAAAUGGAUCUUCGUUAGUGCCAAAGGAGUUCGGACAUCAAGUUCAGGCAAUGUUGCAAUCAGCACUUGGACACAAACCACAUUGUCCAAUCCAGCCUGAGAAUCUGUUUAUAGAUAAUUAUCAACUCACUCUUCAGGCAAUUCCGGGUUUACUUUCUGCGAUAACUACAGGCGAGUUCAAGAUCAAGAUAUCAUUGAAAGACAAUACUACCACUACAGACAACCUUGGCUGUAUACAGUUCAAGGAAAAAAUAGGAGUAGGAGUUCCCAUGCCAGAGGUCGGAUAAACCGUAUUCUUUGCAAAUGAAAAGUGACACUGCUUGCAAUAGAAAUCCAGUUAUCAAAACAAUUGUUUAUAAAGUCCAAAUUAUAUUA